UCGGCAGUUGCUAUUGAAGAACCAUAGCGUUUGGAUCCCCGAAGCUUUAUGUCGGCCGCGUUAUUACCCGUAAAAAUCACGAUUUUCGAUUAGAAAACACGUCCGAUAAAAAUCAUUACUUGUUAUUCGUCAACGAAAAUUGAUUUCGUGUGCAUCCUGACGACACUCCCAUGAAUAAAUUAGUCCGUUAAUUUGGUGUGACAUUGAAUUUUGUUUGUUCGUUCGUUUUUGGUAUAUUUUUACGUCUGUGUUGUGUAAAGUGAUCGUGAUAAUUGUGAUAAAACUAGUCAAAAAUCGUUCGAAAUCCGAACAUUUUUACUGUCGCUGUAGCUCUUGAACUUAUCCAGAAAUCAAGCAAAAUCGCGCGCGCUUAAUCAUCACAAAGCUGGCCAGCCAUUGAUUAAUGAUAAACAACACAGCGACUGUAGCAGCAGCAGUAGCAGCAACGCAGCACAGCCAGCCAACGUAUGGAUUUGGAUUGGAAAACACGAAAAAGGCAUUAUUGUUAAUGGAUGUGAGGCUGCAACAAUUGCACACAUGCUAAAUGAUGCUGACAUGGCUUUUCAAUCCAAUUUCAAUAUUCGUUCUUAUCUCAUCAUGCACGAUUUGGUUGCCAUUCUCUGAAGCAAAUAUUUUGCAUUCCGUACUUGGGUUGCCCAGCCAAUGUACACACAACAAUGUGAUUCGAUCGUGUACACUAUCGUUUUCAUGUUGGAUACAAGGUGGUCGUCAUACCGAAGGCUGUGGCGAAAAUAAAUGGCUGUUUUCGUGCUGCAUUUCCGACAAUGAACUGGACUUCAAUUCAGCGAUCAGCUUCAAUGCACCCAUCAAAGCGAACUAUUUUGACAACGAUUCGCCAAUGCGAUUCAAUAUGGGCAAAAUUAAAGCACAUCCAAUGACACCAACAGUGCCAACAUUCAAACAUAAUAUGUUGCGUCGACGCAUGGACGACCAUGAUGGAAUGUUUUCGAAUUUACCAUUUCAGAAUCAGUUGGAGUGUGGAAUUCCAAGAACGGCACAAAAUACUAUCCAAAAGCGAAUCAUUGGUGGUCGGGUCGCUCCUUUUGCUGCACUUCCAUGGCAAGCACACAUUCGCAUCGCUGAAUAUCAAUGUGGCGGAGUUUUAGUGUCUCGGUAUUUCGUUAUAACGGCCGCACAUUGCAUUGAACAAGCUCGUAUGAAAGAUAUUAUUGUGUAUUUGGGCGAGCUGGAUACACAAGAUUCAGGCAAAGUGCACGAGCCGUGGCCGGCGGAAAAACACUAUGUCAAUCGGAAAAUUAUUCAUCCCAAUUUUAAGUUUCGUAUCGCACAACCAGAUCGCUACGAUUUAGCAUUGCUGCAAUUGGCAAUUCCGACAAGUUUCACUAAUCACAUUUUACCAAUUUGCUUACCGACAACAAAUAUUGAUCUCAUGGGACGCAAAGGAGUAAUCGCCGGAUGGGGCAAAACGUCGGCAGACCUAUCCUCUGGACACACAGGCACAGCAAUUUUACAAACGGCAUCCGUACCUAUAAUCAGUGCCACGGAGUGUAUAAAGUGGCACAAGAAAAAGAAUAUUUUCGUUGAAUUGUACGAGGAGAUGUUUUGUGCGGGAUAUUCUGACGGAAAGCAGGACGCAUGUUUAGGCGACAGUGGCGGUGGUCUGUAUCUGGUGGAGAAUGGAAAAUUCACAUUGGUUGGCAUUACGAGUGCAGGCUUUGGAUGCGGUGUCGACCAUCAGCCCGGCAUUUAUCACAAUGUUCAAUUGACCGCCAAAUGGAUUCAAAACGUGCUAAACCGAUACUACUGAAUCGAUUUCUCGCUCUCAUUUUACUUGUUCAAUUCGUGUUUUUUUUUUUUUCAUUACAAUUUAUUUUUCCAAAUUUUUUGUUUUUAUUCGUUAUUUCAUUUGAAGCAUUCUCCUCAUUUCCGUAGCAAUUAGGCGUUGUAAAAAUAAAACACACACAGAUAUGCAUCACAUUUAAUUUUAUUUUGUAAAUUAAAAUUCAAUGAAAAAUGAAACCAAUUCGAAUUUUGUUUUUGGAAUUAAGUGAAAUAAGAAUGGAUUUGAUGGAAUCAAAUAUCCGAUUGCGUCGCUCGAAUCGAUUCGAUUGCAGAAUGAGGCUUUUUCUGGACUGCGAAUCAAUUGCUUUGGUUUAAUUUUCGCGAUUUAUUUGUUUUUUUUUCAUCAUUA